UAAGUCACAAGAUGCUGCUACCGAAACUAUUGAAACGGAUUCCCAUUCUCCAAACAGUUCGCCAUCAUUAUCCACGCAUCUAUUGCACAAAAUCUGUACAAGAUUCUGCUUCCUGCGACGUUGAAACUCAGACCGAACAGUUCUCUCAGUACGUAUACGAAUGUCUCCCGAAAUUUGUCCAGAAAAUCCAACGCACCCAAUGCAACGAACUGGAGCUCCUAAUCCACCCAGUGGGUGUUAUCCCAGUUCUACAAUUUUUAAAGGACCACCACAGCUGUCAGUUCGCUUGCUGCACCGAUAUAACUGCCAUUGAUGUUCCAUCGAGAAUUUACAGGUUCGAAUUGAUUUAUAAUUUGUUGUCCAUCAGAUACAACUCGAGGAUUCGCGUGAAAACCUACACGGACGAAUUGACUCCAAUCGAUUCCGCUACCGAGUUGUAUAAAAAUGCAAAUUGGCUGGAGCGCGAGGUUUGGGACAUGUACGGUAUCUUUUUCCAAAACCAUCCGGAUUUGAGGCGAAUCAUGACGGAUUACGGGUUUCAAGGUCAUCCGCAACGCAAGGACUUUCCUCAAUCCGGUUACAUUGAGGUAAGAUACGACGAUGAGAAAAAGCGACUGGUAAGGGAACCCGUUGAGUUCGCCCAGGAAUUUAGGAGAUUCGACUUGUCCAACCCCUGGGAAAACUAUCCGCAAUUCAGGAAACCGAUAAAAACUAAAAAGUUACCGGAGGAACAUAAGGAUGAUCCUCCACCACCGUCUAAAUGUGAGGAAACGGAGCCUUGCGAGUGUUUCGAUCCGACUUCCAAACCGUGGACGCCUUUCGACAGUCGUAGCCGAAAGGAGGAGGAACCUAAACCGGGUGCUGAUGAAAAAUGUCAAAUGGUUGCGGUAGAUUUAGACGGUGGAGUUUCGAUUUUGAAAUCCAAGAAGAGCUUAGAGAGAAUUGGAAACGCCUGCAAAAUUGUUAUGCCGAAGGAAGAGAAACACGAGGAGUAUUUUAUUGACAGAGAUGAGGAUAAACAGAUUGCUCCGAAACCGGAGAUUGGCAGUUUGGAGGCUGUGACCUUUGUGAACCUUCAGAACGACAAAAAACAGAUUUUUAAUAAGAGAGAUUAUAGUGACAAUUGGAAGGAUGAUUUAACUGCUCUGAUUAGAUUUAAGGAUAAUUUAACGGAUUUUCAACGAACCUCAUCUAUUUACAAACUACCUUCUUUUAGUCCCUUGAAAUGCAUUUCCAAAGCUUUUGGGUCUAUGCAAACAAUGUUCAAAGCUGAUCAAACUAGAAUGCAACGAGAGAAAGUUUUCUUGGACAUUAAGACGAUUGAUGGCUUGGAAGAGAUGAACACGAGAAAUACAUGCGUAUGUGAAUGUGACAUAAUAUUUGAAGUGACCGGUAAAGAAAAGAAGAAAUAAAUUUAUCAUGUUAAACAUUUGUAUUGUAUAAUUUUUAACAUUGUUUCUUUCUAAUAAAUGGAGUAUUCAUUA